UGGUACAAAAAAGAUAAUCUCUCUAGCAUUACCCUUAUUUUAAUCGGCCAUGAAAAGGUCGCACUUCCAACUUUCAAUUGACGUGCAGAGGAACUGGAAAUUAAAUGUUCUCUUAGCAUGACUUAAGCAUGACGACUAAGCAUGACUAAAGCAUGAUAACUAAUGUAAUAUUAAAUUUCAGGCCAAUGCAUGCUUUCCACUUUUCCCAUAAAAAAGGAAGAAAACAAAAACUUCAGGCCACUGCAUGCUCUCCCUCUUUCCCAUAAAAAAGAAAGAAAAACAAAAUUUCAAGCCACUGGAACUCUUACACCUAAUCACGACAUGUAUUUCAGUUGAGGUCCCUGUACUAUAAAGCUUGAAGUCCCUAUACACCUAAUCACAUCAUGAUCUGAGUUUCUUCUUGUCAAUUCCAGUAGCUUUUCUGUUGCAUUCUUAAAUGGAGAUCUGUUUCUCACACAUAAUUGCUUUUCUCACCGUAAGCUUGUGAUUUGAACCUUAUAAUUAUUAGUUUCAAUUUUAUUUUUAUUUAUACUAAUGAUAGUUCAACUUCAAAUGUUGCAGCUCACACUGGUGGCGAGGGCAAGCUAUGCUGCUGCUGCUAGAGAUACCACCUCAACUUUACCACCUCAACUUCACUACUGGAACUCUGUCUUCCCAGGCACAACAAUGCCAAAAGCUCUCAGUGAACUCGUCCAACCUGACUCAGUCGAGCCACCCAAGAACUUUGUCGGUUACAACCAGCACGGUGUCGAGGACAGAACUCUCUCCGUCUACACCCAAGACGACGAUACGCACCUCAAAGACCCAACCCAAAGAAUUUUCUUCUUGGAGAAGGAAAUAAAACCUGGCACAACCAUGAAAUAUAGCUUGGGUAGAAAUAUAGCAGGGGAAACUUUCCUGCCCCGUAAAACUGCAGAAUCGAUCCCCUUCUCAUCCGCCAAACUACCAGAAAUUCUCAACAAAUUUGCUAUGAAGCCGGGGUCUGUGGAAGCCACUGUAAUUCAGGAAACCAUUCAAGAUUGUGAAAGUGAAGUCCUUAGAGGAGAAGACAGAUACUGCGCCACCUCCUUGGAGUCAAUGGUUGACUUCGCCAUGUCCAAGCUGGGAAGAAACGUUCAAGCAAUCUCGACAGAGGUCGAAAAGGGAGCCACCCUGCAGAACUACACAGUAAAGCCAGGCGUGAAGAACGUGAACGAAGGUGGCAAUUUCAUUUUGUGUCACAAGCUGACCUACGCGUAUGCUGUCUUCUUUUGCCACACAUUUGGACAAACUAGGGCUUAUGCGGUGCCUCUGCAAGGUGCUGACGGAACGACCGCUAACGCAGUAGCAAUCUGCCACCUGGACACAUCUGCAUGGAACCCCAAGAAUCAUCCCUUACAAGAGGUCAAAGUUAAGCCAGGAACCGUUCCGGUCUGCCAUUAUCUUCCCCAGGGUCAUAUUGCUUGGGUUCCAAACUAGAAAGAAAUAUCGUACCCUUUGUCUUUGUGGUUCUAAUUGUAAAAGGAAUCCCAUAAGAAUGGGCUAGCUACUAUUGUAUCAGCUCUAAUAUAAAUAAAAAUCAAUUAGAAUGCCC